AUGGGAGACAAUUUGAUGGCCUCUAGAGACACGUUUUCACUGUGGACAGAUGGUCGCUACAGGAGUAGCUGUCAAACGGAAAAAGAAGGAGGAGGAGGAGGAGGAGGAGGAGGAGGAGGAGGAGGAGGAGGAGGAGGAGGAGGAGGAGGAGGAGGAGGAGGAGGAGGAGGAGGAGGAGGAGGAGGAGGAGGAGGAGAAGAAGAAGAAGAAGAAGAAGAAGAAGAAGAAGAAGAAGAAGAAGAAGAAGAAGAAGAAGAAGAAGAAGAAGAAGAAGAAGAAGAAGAAGAAGAAGAAGAAGAAGAAGAAGAAGAAGAAGAAGAAGAAGAAGAAGAAGAAGAAGAAGGAGAAGGAGAAGAAGAAGAAGGAGAAGAAGAAAAAAAAGGAGAAGAAGGAGGAGAAGGAGAAGAAGAACAAGAAGAAGAGAAAGGAAGAAAGAAAGAAGAGGAGGACGAGGAAGAAAAUAAAAAAGAGGAGGAUCUGUAGAAGUGAGGGGGAUAAGAGGAAGGAAAAGAAGAAGGGGGAGGGGAAUAGAAGAAUUCAAAAGGGGGACAGGGUGAAGAAGGAGGAUGAGAUAUAAAGAUAAAACUAAUAACAAAUCAAAAUGAGGAAGAUCUAGGGGAUACAGACAAAAAGAAUGAGUAACUAAAAAAAAGGACAGUGUCAAAAUUGAAGAACAUUGAAAAAAAAAAGAAGUUUAGACUGACAGAAACCACCUGGUGCCUGAGCUGAUAGAUGAUUUUCUUGAUUGCUCAAAGGGAUAUGUAAUUGUAAGAUAGAUUAGUGAAAAUGAUAGAUAGAAUUAAAGGAAUUAGGAAAUUACAGUCAGGAUUUUAAAGGGGGAAAGGGAUCAUCUUCACUUGUUGAAGCUAAUUUAUGAGGACAAAAUGUAGACAAUAGAACGGAUUGAAAUAAAUGAAAAGGAAAUGAAAAUGUUUAUAAGAGUUGGUGUUUGAUGUAAGAGAAGAUGAAUGAAAUAUUUUCAAAAAGAUCAUAAGAUUUAGUGCAAUUUCUUUUUUAUUGAAAAUUAUUGUUUUAGCAGCAUAAAACAAUAACUAGCAACAAAAAUAUUUUAAUAGUUGAUAAGAAAUGAGAUAGAGUGAUGGGUAAUUGUUUCAUUUGAAUAAGGAAUUGGUGGGGGUGUGGCUCAGUUGAGAGAGAGUAAGUGAGUGAAAGAAAGAGAGAGAGAGUGGAUUCGAAAGAUGGGAGUCAGACAGAGGCAGACUGAGAUUAAGGUACAUGGAAUUCAGUAGUUUGAGUAAGGAAAUGUGGGGGAGUGUAAAGAGAAACUCAAAACCAUGCUUACCACAUUGAAGUUCAGAUAUUGAAUUUGUCUUUGUCAGAUCCUGGGAAAGCAGAUGAUGAAAACAAACAUUUGAGGAGAGGUGGAAGAAAAGUGGGAGAGGCGAAAAAAGUGAGAGAGGGGAGAGAAAAGUGAGAGAAGUAAAAGAAAAGUGGGAGAGGGGAAAGAAAAGUGGAAAAGGCGAAAGAAAAGUGGGAAAGAGGAAAGAAAAGUGGGAGAGGGGAAAGAAAAAGAUAGUGAGAGGAAAUGUGUGAGUGAGGGAGGGGUGAGAAACACACAGAGAAAGAUGCAAAUAGAUAUACAAGGAGAGAUAGAAGGAGAGAGAGAGGGGCAGAUGCUGUCAAAUAUCAAACACUGUCCAUACACACACACAAAGACAUAUCAAAUAACCAAGGGAGAUGGGUACCUGAAUGAUGAUAUAAUAGAAUUUUGAAACAUUCGCCCCCAUCGCUAAUGUUUGCAUGGCCAUAUUUGGAGUGGGAUCAGAGAAUUAUUGAAAGACGGGGAGUAGAGAGCAAAGUGAAAGUAAAAAGAUAAAUCACUUUUGAAGUUCAAGUGCCAUCAGCCCACUCAGUCAAUGUUUAAAUCCAACAUUUGCACAUUAAUUAAAAAAUGGAGAUCAGGCGAGGUACAUGAUGGGGGGGGGUAUGGAUUGAUGCAGAAUGUUAUGUAAAUAAAGUGAUGCUGGACAGAUGAGAACAUGAGAUAAGCAUGUGCC